UGAUACCAAACGAAAACACACGAGUGCCGCUCUCUUUACUUUGUUUUUUUCUCUUUAGCGCAGUAGUACUUUGUUGCUCAAGGUGGACAGCAUCUAUAAGUUUGCGAAAGGGUUGUACUAUUUAUCUUAAUAAUAUUUUUGCACAGUUUGCUGCCAGAGGAGGCCCAGUAAAACAAUCUGAGGAAGCUCAGCGCGUGAGCAUCACUUUUGGGUGGUAGAACCCGGAUGUUCCCACAGCUCUCUGAAAUAACAGAGUUGACUCUUAACACCGCGGACUUGUGUCCAGAAGAUGCCGUCCUGGGAGUCCUGCAGCAUCCUGCAAACAUAUAAAAGGUUGCUGAAACUCCAUCAUGGACAAGCAGGACAGCCAGGCUGACCACAAAAUGAACGACUCACAGAAAACCCCUGAAAAGAAGCAGCCUCUCACAACCUGCCUGUUCAGCGCAGCCUUCUUCGGGGCCCUGGGUUCAUCUUUUCUUUACGGGUAUAACCUCUCUGUGGUCAAUGCACCUGCUUCGUACAUUAAAGAUUUCUACAAUAAGACCUGGAUGGAGAGAUAUGGGGAACCUAUUCUUCCAGAAACAUCGACUCUUUUGUGGUCUGUAACUGUGUCCAUAUUCGCCAUCGGAGGCCUUCUUGGAACUCUGUCGGUCUCUUUGAUUAUUAAAGUAGCUGGGCGGUGAGUAACACAAGAUCAUUUGCUCAGAGUUUUAUAUUUCAGGGCGUGAUUGUUGUAUCAGUUAUUCAAUAAGACGUGAAAAACAAGAAGAGUCUCUAAGGCGUUUGCAGGAAUUAAGAUAAUAAGUUGCAGCAACAUGCCGUUUGGUAAAUGCACUUCAUUUAAUUGAGCAUCACUAGUGGGGAGCGUCUCUGUUGAAUUUUAAACGUUGCCAGCCGAUUGAUACUCGUUUAAAUCUAUCAUGGCAGAGUUAACAACUGAUAACUGUCUUGGUAAAAUGCCAAGAAUCCAUUUUCUAAUCAUUUGUUUUUCAUUAUUUAGCUGUUAAAACAUUCAUCCACUUAAAGGAAACACAUUCAACACAUGUCAGUUUUCCCAGUAAUGGACUUCCCAGUGAAUUCACCCCAGGGUCAGACUGUAGGUUGGUUAGAGAGUUUGCGAAAAACAAGCCUGU